GGUGGGGCACGGGCGGCCAGCACUCGAUCUCCGCCAUGGCCCGCAUGCAAGUGUUGUUGUUGGUGGUGCUGGUGGCCGCCUCCGUGGCCGCACCGCCGCCCAGCAGGUAUACUAAUAAGUACGAUGGCGUCGAACUGGACCGCAUCCUAAAAAACGACCGCAUCCUCACCAACUACAUCAAAUGUCUAAUGGAUCAGGGACCCUGCACCUCCGAACAACGUGAGCUCAAGAAUUUCGUCUUGAAGUAUAGAGAGGCAACUGUUAACAACAAAUCAUGAAGUUCCGGACGAGGAUUACUAAUUGAAUUUAUUUUGGCGUGUGGUCUAUUCAAUAAAGAGAUAAAUUAAA